UGGAAAUGCUUCAGAUCUAUGAGUUUUUGCACAGCACUUGCUCUUCCAGAGUAUCUUGAAGGGCUUUGUGCCCAUGUUUGACUGAAGUACAGAGCUUGGAUACAGCUUAAUGUGAAGAUUUAUGCCCUUGUUAAUAAUCCCUACUUUGAGGAGUUGUGCUUGUUGUAUUCAAAUUUUUGUCAUUUGUAUUUGUCAGAAGGAGGGUAAUUUUUUCCUAUGGUACAUUCAAAUGAACCAGUUCCAGUUUUUCCCCUGAAGAUUUCUUGUGCUCAACAGACUAAAUUUAUUCUUUCUUCCAUAUGCAUGUUGAGUAUGAAUCAGUAUUACUGGAGGCUACAAGCCUGAAUGAGCUUUGAUCCCAUCUCUGAAAAGUGCAUGAAAAAUGAAAUAAGACUUGAACUUCUUCAGAACAAUUUCCACCAAGAGAAGUGGAUCUAUGUUCACAAGGGAAGCACAAAAGAGCGCCAUGGUUACUGCACCUUGGGAGAAGCUUUCAACAGACUUGACUUCUCAAGCGCUAUCCUCGAUUCCAGACGAUUCAACUAUGUUGUGAGGCUGUUGGAGCUGAUAGCAAAGUCUCAGCUGACAUCACUGAGUGGCAUUGCUCAGAAAAACUACAUGAACAUUUUGGAAAAAGUGGUGCAGAAAGUCCUUGAAGAUCAGCAGAACAUCAGGCUAAUAAGAGAAUUGCUGCAAACCCUCUACACGUCCCUCUGCACCUUGGUUCAACGGGUUGGAAAGUCUGUGCUGGUUGGAAACAUCAACAUGUGGGUGCACAGAAUGGAGACUAUUCUCCACUGGCAGCAGCAGCUGAACAACAUUCAAAUCACCAGGCCUGCUUUUAAAGGAACUACUUUCACAGACCUACCAUUGUGUUUGCAAUUAAACAUCAUGCAGCGACUGAGUGAUGGGAGAGACCUGGUUAGCCUUGGUCAAGUGGCUCCUGACUUGCAAGUGCUCAGUGAAGAUCGGCUGCUGUGGAAAAAACUCUGCCAGUACCAUUUCACAGACAGACAGAUUCGUAAACGGCUAAUAUUAUCUGACAAAGGGCAGCUGGAUUGGAAGAAGAUGUACUUCAAACUCAUAAGGUGUUACCCACGGAAGGAGCAGUAUGGUGACACACUGCAGCUGUGCAGGCACUGCCACAUCCUCUCCUGGAAGGGCACUGAUCACCCUUGCACAGCUAACAAUCCGGAGACUUGCUCCACUUCUCUUUCACCACAAGACUUUAUCAACUUGUUCAGAUUCUGAACUUUGGUCAUCAGAGCUUUUGCGAUUCUUGCAGGACACUUCAUGCCACUGAGCUUGGACACUCCAUUUGUAAAUAGUGUAAAUACUCUAUUUGAAGCUCCUGAGUCAAGGAACAAGAGUAUCUUGGAGACAAAAGGUGGAAUUGCUCACUGAUGCACAACGCUUAAGGAAUACAGACUUCUAUAGGACUGGUGUAUAAAUGCAGUAUGUUGUACAGAGUCCCUUUUUUCUGAUCAGAGUACAGGAUACAGGGCAGAAACUUCAUUUUUGCUUUUAGAAGUUAAAACUGAAUUUGUCCCGGAGCUAUUUGAGAACUUUGUUUCUAAAAAUUGAGAGAAAGCAAUAUGAGGCUAGGACUGUUGAACUGUUUCUCCAUCUGGUUUUAUUUAGCAUACAUAUUUAUAAAUAUGAAGUUUUAAAAAUAUUUAUGAAAAAUAUCCCUGUGACAAGUUUAAUUUUAUGUUUUUUUAAAGACACAUUCUGAAAUACUUAGCAUAGAACUCUAGCCUACUUACAAAAGAGAAUUGCACCAUACCAUUUUCUACCUCUAAUAGAUUGAGUAUGUUUCGAACAAAAAUCUAAUGUACAAUGUGAACUUUUGUAUUUUGUACAAUGAUUUAAAGGGAAGUGUUUGUGAUAGUAAGCAUCUUUUCUUGCAUUAAUGCUUACCUCUUUACAUUAAUUUUCUUGCUCUACUCAGUGCUUGAAUGCCUAGAUGAUAGGCACCAUAUGAAUACCUAAGACUUUACUCCAUCCUCUUUUAAUUGGUUGGUUUUAUGAAAGACUAAGCAAAAGGAGAAAGAAAAGCUACAAGGAUGAAGAUUAUCUAAAAGGGAGGACGUCCUAUUGCACAGAAGUAAGGGACUGGAUUUAAUCUCGCAGUGUAAAUUCAUAUCCACCCCACUAAGUUACUCUUACUGGUUGAACUCCAAGUGAGAUUAGAAUCUGGUUCUUCAAGCCCAUCUCUUCCUUGUUUUUCCAAUGUACACUGCUCUCUAUUCCCACUGCCCUCAAAUGAAUCAUCUUAUAGCUGGUAAAAUGUAGGGAGAACUGGGCCAUUGAAUCUAGUGAAAUCAUGUGGUUCUUAAUCACUGAAAGGUUGGCAGCAUCCUGUUUAGACUCAUACUACUGGAAUUUAGGCUGAUGUGAGAAACAGUACUAAGAAACCAGUUGGUGCUUUUCUAAAAAGUGCUGUCAGGACUGAAAUAAGCAAGUGAUUUCCAACAUGGCAACGUAACAUCCUCAAUUAUUUCUGCAUGCUAAGGAAAUGGAAAAGACACAUGUCCAUUCUCCUUCUAGUGCUGACCUUUAUGGGAUCUUCUAACAGUAGCCUAGGGCUGAAUUUUUAGUCCCAUGGGACAAGUGACCAGACUUGUGCUUACUUCACUGGAGUAUAGAUUUGGCUUUCAGGACCCUCUGUUGCAUAUAAUUCUGCACUUUUCACUAAGCUGGAGCUAGAAGACUCCAGCUAACCUACAAGAAUUUGAAAACUUGUAUUGGAAAGGUUUUUUGUCAUUAGCCAGUAGAUUUCCUGCAUAGCACUUUCUCUGUGCGCAGUGUAAGCAGGGUAGCUCAGGAGGGUAAAUAUUAGUGGGUUGUAUGUUACUAUGCACAAAGAAUUGUGAGGAAAAGGAGUACUCAGGACAAUUCAGGAAGAACUACUUAAGUUAUUGUUAAAUAUUCUGUUCCUUUUUUACAUUUUUAUAACUCACUUUCAACACUCCUGCAACUGUUAUAUGUACAAAUUAACAGUAUUUGCAUUUUUGCAAACUAGAUCACUUAACAUAAUCUUGGAAUAGAUGCAAAAAAGGGAAAAAAAAUAAAACCUUCUCUAGAUGGAGCAGAGGGGAGGGGAGGUAGAAACCUUGGAAGGGGAAAGCCAGGACAAUACUGACAAGAACUGCCAUUCUGCUGUAUUUGAAAAGCAAAGAUGUUUUUCUUUUGGAAAACUCUCUAGGAGCCAAUGGUACUCUUAACCAUGGCAGACAACUUGGCACUGUCCAGGGAAUAGGAAAAAACAUGCUGGAUAUGGAACCUUCUCUGUCUUUGUGUUGACACCCUGUCCAUCAGCUUUAUUGCUAGUGAAAAGCAUAAGCCUGCUGAUUAUAUUCAUGUCAACUGAAAGUGAUUUAAAAGCUGUUACCUUGGAAAAAUGAACUUUAGCUUGUUGGGGUUAUUUCUUCAUGAGUGAAGGAGGCCAGUUUGUUUUCAUUCCCACACUCAUGUCAGUGGGUUAAUGAGGCUGAAAUUUGUGAAAGUGGGUGUUAAGGACAGGAACCUGUAAGUGAAGUAUUGCCACUGUAUUUGGAGAUUCUUGUUACCUCCUCUUCUAGCAGUGAGAAGACUUGUAUGACCCUCUGCGUCUCCUGUCUCCUGCUCUGACUUUGGGCUUGUGUAUACUUGCUUCCCCCAUUCACAGCGUAUCAGCCUGUUGUGACUGGAGAUGUGAUGGUACUUUGGAAUGAAAUAUUGGGUUGUCUUAAUCUGCUUUAGUCUGAAGUUUUCCUUAUCAAAUAAAACAACCCACUGUGAGAUUUAAAGCUCAGGUUUAAAUUUGGCCUAGUGCAUUCCCUGCCCCAAGAGACAGGUAAUCCCAGCACUCAUCUGAUUUGGGAAAGUCUCAGCUCUAAUCAUUGCCUCUAUGAGCCCUUCCCUGGUCUUCAGCAAAUAGUUGAUUGCUAUAGUUGAAUAGUUGCAUGGAUAUUACUGACAACAUACCUAACAAGGUGCAGUAGAGGCUCCUGUUUAUAAAACUUAUUUCAACUAGAGGUUUUUGUGAUUUUUUUUUUUCCCCAGUAUCUGUGUAGAUCUUAAAGGGUCAAAGUGCUGAGGAUUGAUUUUGUUUGUACAAACACUGGUGCAGGGCCCUGCAACAUUGCUGUCAGUAUCCAAAGCAGCAGCAAAACAAGUAAUUACUGAAUAACAAAACUAAGUAAGUCUGCUAGAAAAAAUAUGCUUAAUUCAGUUACUGCCUCAGUCAUUAUUUUUCUGCUACAGCAACUGUCAAGUAAGACCAAAUAAGACCUGGUAUGAUGCCAUACUGUGAAUUCGGUACUAUUUUGUUUAUUUAAAACAAUGUUUGCAUCCAAAGACCUUAGCCUCACCACUUAAAACCAUCAGUACUUCAGCAGCAUAAAGGCAUCUGCUUGGCUUAGGGUGGCAGGGUAACAAAAGCUACUGUGAUAAUAUGGGCUUCUAGGCAGGACAGUGCAAGGCUGCGCUUGCACAAAAGGAAGGUACUUAUUUAAGGACAAUUCUGGUACAGCUAUUGUGAAUGGAAAACAAGCUUUUACUUGAGUUUUGGAAAUAGGAUAUUAUUUUCAAGUGGCAAUUCACCUUUGAGUUAGUGGAUGUGGUUCUAUUAAGUGUGCAUCAGUUUUCAUGCUAUGAAAGAGGGUUUGACUGUCUUUGGGCUUUUUUUCUGCAAGCAUAAAUCCAAAGAAAUGUAACUGAAAUCAGUGGAGUGACUGUGUUAACCAGUGCAGCUGGGUAGAGCAUGGUGCUGUAAAGAGGAAAAACAGAUCCAUGCCAGGGAGGAGGCUAAGGAAGGAGGAGAGAUCUUAAUGUUUUAGCUUUCUAGAAGAGGCAAGUGUUUGGAGUUAGCGUCAAUGUGAUAGCCACUCCAAGAGGCACAAUUUCAGCUGUACAUACUUUAAGCUGUUUAUACUAACUGUGGGGUGGUAAAAUUAGAUAAAAAAUGUGUGCACCUCUUGUAUUGUUUGGGUGGUUUUUUUAUUGCUGACUUUCUAGAUCAUUUAAUUUUGUAAAGUGAUAAGGAAAACUUGUGUUGCUCUGCAGACAUGCUUUGUAUGUAAACAUUUAAUUGCACCCUGCCACUUUCUGUAUAUGGGAAUAUCUUUUUUUUAUUUUUGUUUGCUCCUAGGUUUUGAACUCCAGUAGUGACAGUUUGUGUUCCCAUUUGUGUUUGACUCUUGCAAAGCUGUCUCCUACAACACAUGCAGGUAGUUACCCUGGUUUUCUUGCCCAGAAAAUUCCUUAGCCCGUAGUAGCUACAUUUGAAAUAGAGCAGGAACACUUCAAAUUCUGUCAAAUAGCUAAUAAAUCAGACGUGCUGUUUCAUGCUUAUCUUCUGUUUGCUACAGCAAACCAGCAUUAUCCUCGGGGGUGUUCAUACAACCCCAUUGCACAGCUUCCCCACAAAUCAGCACCUUGCCAAAAAGAAAGAGCUUUAAAUUAAAAUGCCACUCUUUUUAGCUGGCCUGUUGGCAGGGAGGGGAAACAUGCCCUGUGGAGCUGAUGGCUGAUCAGUUUUAAUGACUGUUACAAGGUUUGAGACUGCACUGGUGUGCUUGUCAUGCUUCACUUGGCUCACUGCUUACCAUGAUGCUUGUUAAGCGCUCUGAAGACAAGAGCAGUCAUCCACACCGCUGUUGGUACGUGGCUGCCAGGGUACGUGAAAAUUCUUCUGAUCUAUAUCCGACAUCUUCCUCUAGUGAUCUCAUUAGUUGUGAAUGGGUUUUACAGGAUCUGGCCCCAGGGCUUGAUAUAUGCAGUCUCUAUUGUAUUAACGCCUUGAAUGUUGAACACCAGAAAUUCCUCCUUGUUUGAUCAAGUGCUGCCUUUUCCCUCCUGGGAAGGCUGCUGAGGGUGGAACUUGCAUUUCUGCAUCUAUUGUGUGCUUUACAGGAUGCUAAUAGGCCAGCUACAGAGAGAACACUUUAAUUUGAAAUAGCAAAUAUGCUAACUUUUAGGAUCUGCAGUAAUUAUAAAUACCUACUUAUAUAUGGAGGAGAGCUUGUUUUGUUUUUUCCUUAAAGUUGUAACUAGAGAUAGUAUGAAGUGAAAGGCAUCCCUUGUAUAGUAAGACUUCUAUUUAAUAUUGUGUGGUAAAAUCCUUCCAUAUGAAUUUGCACACUUUCUUCCCUUGCAUGUUCAACUUUUUACAGCUGUUCUGUGCAGACAGCAAUGUAUUUUUGUAAAACCAUUUUUGACACUGAAUUGCAAUAAAUGUUCAAACAAUGUGAACCACA